UUCUCUUUUGAAGAACUCCUUUACCAUUUCUGUUUUUCUCCUUAAAUCACAAGACAUACAAACAAAUAUUGCCCUCUUUGUUUUUGUCACACAACGAAGGUGCCUGCGGUCUAUGUUUGUUUUUGUUUACUUCGGUGCUUGCGAAAGCGGUGUGCAUAAUAACAAGAAUCGGAACAAGGACGUAAAUGGCGAAAAAUCAAUAAACGGACAUGGCAAAAAGCAACAGCAGCAGCAUCAAUCGCAGCGGAAGAAAUAAUGGCAAAAUGUCCUUUCACCCACACGCACACACACACACACACAUGUAAAUAUUUGGCAAGUGCAAGUGGUCUAUUCUUUCACUUUAGUUCCUGCGACAGUUGGCAUGCAGUUAAAAUAUACCAAAACGGGUAUAAAGAACUUGGGUGUGUUAAACCUUUAAAAUAAAUAAGUGAUGAUUGCAAAUGUAUUUAAUAAUUAAUGGAAAAUACUUACGGUUCGAUAAAUAAUUAAUAAAAUAUGUGUAAAAUAUUCAAAUUUGAAAGAAGUGUUGCUAUAAAAUAAAGAAAAAAAGUAUAAUAUUUCUAAAUUAAUAUUGGGAAACCCAUUUUCAUAAUUAAUUAAUAAUUUGCGCGGAAGAGCUUAAGAAGAAUUGUGUUUAAAGCGAUAAUGGUUAGUAAAAGUGCAGUAAGCGGCGAGGAACGCCCAGUUUUUAUUCCACCACGAAAGCGACAGACAUCGAAAAAAGUGAAUGGCGCACAAAACUAUGUGGACCACAUAGUUAAUGUACAGAAUCGACAAAAACUCUCACCAUCAAACCCGGCACUUGAUGAGGACUUACUUAAAACAUCAUUGAUCUUGAAAAACAAACAACCACUGCCACAAAUACCAGGAGCACAAAGCAAUGGAGACGCUGUCGAUAACCAGUCGACACACAAGUCUUCACUAUCUGUGGAUAAUAUUUAUGAGGAUGAUAAUGAAUUACAGAACUUCGAAAGCGUUUCACAGGGCACAAAAUCGACAAAUCGCCAUGAAAGCAGCACAGUUACGCCGAGCAGUUACUCAGAGAGUAGUUUGGAUGCAAAAUCACACGAUUGUCUUAGCAAUCGCUCUUCGUCGAAGAAACGUGUAAAUAUACGCACCGAUCCGUCGCAUAUACGCAGUCAGCGGGAAUCGCCGGAAAUAACCAACUAUGAAGAUUUGGAAUCAGGUGAAACGAGCGUUUUGAAUGUUGAUAUGCAUAGUUUGGAGCGCUAUAAUACGAGAAGAUCAAUGGAUAGUAACUAUCUGACUAUGACAGGUACAAUUAAACGUGGCCGCAAAAAGGGUCAAAGCGUCGAUUUGCAAAUCAAUAUCAGUCGUGAGGAAUUGGAGCAGAUCAAUGCAGUUGCGGCCGCUACACAAGUGAAUAAGAAGCAAAACUUAUGUUGCACCUGCACACCGAAAACUGGCUUACAUAUCCUAAUUCUAUCGUUAAUAUGUCUUCCAUUCAUAACUGUAAUCUCAAGCAUUUAUUCAUUUUAUAUCGGCACAUUAACCUGGUAUAAUAUGUUCAACUACUUCAAUGAGGAGAAAUCGUGUAUAUAUAAAUUCUUUAUGUCACCUAUACUAAUACUCGCCUAUCCCGUCGGCAUACUCGUGUGCACACUGGGUCUAGGCCUUUAUUCGGGCAUCGCACAAUUGAGUUUACAGCUCAAUAGUUGGCUAAAUGAGGUAGCCGAUAUUGAGAAGGGCUUCUACGGUUGGUUAUGCUCAUUUCUACAUCUCUCCGACUGUAGUCCGUAUGAGGUCGUCAUACUAAUGGAUAUACAACCGACACACGAUGUGCCACGUGUACAUGUAAAUACCUCAACGGAAGAGCUAUCGCUCUAAGCGCCCGCAGAUUGCAAAAAGGAGAAUAUGCCUACAUAGUACGAGUACAUAAUGCCUGUGUAUAAGUGUAUGUAUUUACAACUCAAUAGUGAACACAAACCGUCGAAAGGAUAGUGAUAUAAGAUACUUAAUUAUUGUAGAAGCAAGAAAAUCGUAAUUUUUUUUGGCUAGAAAGUGAACGAAGUGGUGAUUCGGCAUUUUAUCAGGUGAUAAUAAAAACAAACGUAAUAUUUUGGAAAUAUACUAUUCAAGCACUGAAAGAUUUAAUGAACUAUUUGUUUAAUAUAGUUUACAUAAUAGUGUACAAACUAAUUUUUAAUGUACACAUGGUAUGCACAUUUAAGAAAUACACCAUAAAAACAAAAAUACAGAAUUUAAAGAAAGAGAAUGAAUAAGGGAGAGCUUAGUAUCCUACAUCCUACAUUGUAGAAUCGCUUAUUGUUAUAAAAAGAGUGUAAACCAAAUUUCUUAUACUUUAACUUCCGAGCGUAUUUAGGUAUUGUGACACAUAAUAAGACUUCUACGAGGUAGUUAAUUUUUCUAAAUCACUAUAUAUAAAAAAAAAAAAUUACAAAUGUAGACAUUUAGGUUAGGUUAAACCAAAAAGGUCACCGUAGAGACUCACAUUCUUACAUAAAUCGUAAAACAGUAAUAAAUGUAUUGUAACUGUUUGUUCUGUUAACCAUAAGUGAACGACUAAAGGGUGAUCAAUUUAAAGGUUCCCUACUUUUUGUUUUUAAAGAAAAACAUAAAAACUUCAAAUUUAAUGGGAAAUAUUUAUUAUCAUUCGAAAGAACAUUCUUUGGCAUGCAUUUAUUGAAGAUUAUCUCUUUCAAAUAUUGGCCGCGACUACGUCUCAGAUGGUCCAUCCAUUGAGACCAAUAUUCGUUCGAGCAUUUCAACUAGUAACUGGCGAAUGACACGUGUGGUGAUGUUUUUCUUCAAGGCAUAAAUUAAAAUGAGAUUGUCCGCAUAGUCUUUAGACUUUACAUAUUCUCACAGGAAAAACUCUAACUGUUGUGAUAUCACACGAUCUUGGAGGCCAAUUGA